ACUGCAGCAAUUAACAUGGUCGGUACUACAUUUUGGCCAAUUUUGUUUUAUUGCAUUAGAAGCCUUGAAUACCUAUAAUCUUUCACCUCACAAAGUAUAAAAUUUCAAAAAGGACGUUUUCUGUGUUUUUCAAUUGGAAAAUAGUCGGAUGUUUUUGUGUCGCUCGAUUAACAAUGUAGGUAGUCAUGUUGCGACGCUCUUCACGGGGCGCGCGGGGGUUGAGGAGACUCGUGCGCCGCGCGGAUCUGGCAGUUCCCACUUAGUUAGCGGGGAGAGCGCACGCUCGUUGUCUCUCCGAUCAACUCGACCGUUACAAUGCAAUAUUGUUUAUUUUAAUGAUGUCUCGGUCUCGGCGAAUGUUAGAUUUGGUACAGCAACAUGUUCCGGAGCAAGAUAAUCCAUUAAAAACAAAUUUAAACGACACCGAGGUUCAAACACAGUCCGGUCAGAAGAGAAAAAGAGAAGAAUCCCCACUUCCAGAAGAAUUUCAAGAGGAUCUUAUACAGCUGCAAGACCUACUAGGAGAUGUGUUUACCGAUAGCUCCGUGAACCUGACAGAACACAUUCUUCUUGCCAUGGAUCAAGAAAUAUCAGCAUCAGUCGCUCCAGAAAUGUUGAGGUCAGAUAAAAACUUAGAUCUUCCAAACAUUCCUACACCUAUCGUUUCCAGUACGUCUCCACUAAAGGUAUCAAACAUCACAGAUCCUAAUUAUAACAAGGAUGGGGUACUCGACAUUCACGACAAUAGCCCAGACGAGAUUUUAAACACAACACCUAUGCCAUCACCUAUUCCACCACACGAUCAAAAUUGUGAAAAUCCGUUUUGUACUUGUUGUGUCGAUUGCAUAAUACCCCAGGUUGAUUAUGGAAACAUAGGAACACCAUCGGGUUAUUCAGAAGUUUCUACAUAUGUACCUACACCAUCUUCUACAGCCAGUUCCAGAAGGAAAACUCUUAAGACUGAUAAGGGAAAGAAACGCCUAGUUCAUAAAAAUAAUUGGAUUACAGUACAAAGAAAAUUGAAGAAAAACACCGGGGAACAGUUUUUGAACAAAAAAGGUAAGGUGGUUGAAGAGAAACAGUUGAAAGUACCGUGUACGGAUAAAUGCAGAUUAAAAUGUAAACAAAAGCUAUCUCAUGAACAACGUUUACGAAUCUUUAAAUAUUUUUGGCGUUUAGGUGAGAAGAAACGACAUUGGGAGUUUGUCAUAAAAUACACCAAUAAAAUUCCAAAACGCCGUCAAACAACUGAGGUUACAAAGCAUGAUAGACAAAACACAUUUCAAUACUUUCUUCCGGAUGCUGAUAAAAAUGCAGUUGUUGUUUGCAAGACAAUGUUUCUUAACACCAUAUCACUAAGUGAGCGUGUAGUAAGCACAGCAUGGAAAAAAUAUGACGGACAGUCUGUGGUAGAAGAAGAUAAACGAGGACGCUAUGAACAUGUGAAACGUGUUUAUAAUGACGACAUGGUUAAGAGUGUCUGUGAUCAUGUAAGAUGUUUACCUAUUGUCGAGGCCCACUAUGUUCGAAAAAAUUCCAGUAAGCUUUACUUAGAAAGCAUCGAAAGCAUCUCCCGUAUGUACAAGCUUUAUUGUGAAUGGUUUGAUUCCAGCAAAUAUUCUUCACAAGCAAGAACCAAAAGACAAUACCGAGAGAUCGUUAGUUUGAAUUUUAAUCUAGCAUUACAUAGACCAAAGAAAGAUAGGUGCGAUAUAUGUCAUGUGUUUGAAAACAAAUCUUCACCUACUGAUGAAGAAAAACACGUAUUUUCUAAACAUCAAGUUCGGAAGAAGAAAGCCAGAGAUUUGAAGAAAGCAGACAAAGGAGAAGCGAAAACCAAUAGAACCAUCGUUGCAGCUACAUUUGAUUUUCAAAAAGUUUUAGUGACUCCUUAUGGUGAAGUGAGUGUACUAUACUAUAAAAGGAGACUGGCUACCUUAAAUUUCACCGUUUAUGAUCUGAUUAGCAACGUAGGUACUUGCUACAUGUGGCAUGAUGGUAUUGCUAAGCGAGGAUCUGUAGAGGUGUCUAGUUGUCUUUUAGAUUUUAUCAAACAUCACGUUGAAAGAGGUGUUAAAGAAUUCCGAUUUUGGUCUGACAACUGCGCUGGACAGAACCGCAAUAGAAUUGUUUUUUCGCUCUAUUUGUUUGUGGCUAAAAAAUUCGGAGUAACUGUCACUCAUCGUUUCCUUGAAAAGGGCCACACACAAAACGAAGGAGACAGUGUCCAUUCUACAAUCGAGCGAGCUUGCCGCCAUAAGUCAAUUUGGGUGCCCGAAGAAUGGUAUUGCUUAGCUCGAUGGGCUAAAUCCGAAGGCACCCCUUACAUAGUAAAGGAGAUAAAACAAGAGGAAAUCUUCGAUUUUAAAACCCUGCUUGCUAAUAAAAACUGGACUAAAAAUACGGCGAAUCAAAAGGUUAUGUGGACUACCAUAAGAGAAAUAAAAGUUAAUGCUGAACAGUUUGAUCGUAUAGAGUACAAGUACGAUUUUGAUGAUGAGCCAAAGACAAUUAUCGUAAUAAGGGCGGGAAAACGGAACCAACAACGUUUGGCAAACGAAUUUGAUUUGAAACGGGCUUAUGACGGACCGUUACCUAUCAGCAAAGACAAAUACAAGGAUUUGACAGAUCUCUGCAGAACGGGAAUUAUACCCGAUCGUUUUCAUAGAUUUUAUUUCAACUUACCUAACACAGAUGCUGCAAAUUUGGUUAAUUCUCAAGAUGAUGAUGAUGACUCGGAGUAAUUUAGUAGGUAGAUAUAGGGUUAGUUGAUUGUGCCAUAAUAAUUAUAAUGAUUCGACUGUGAUUCCUGAGAAAGUAGAUUGGUAGUUAGAAUUAAGAAGAAUAAUUUGUGUUAUGUUCAUUCCUAAGAGAAAAGACUGUUUAAGUUUAAUAUUGUUAUUAGAUGCAAAAAAACAAUAUUUUAGUCAUUAUUACCUACCUAUGUCAGAAUACCUAUUAGAAUUGCAGUAUUUAUUUGAUCAUUUUUGUUUUUAGAAAUUUUAGAAGUUCUUUGUUUAAGUUAAGUGUUGAUUAUUGUUAGAAGAAAAGUUAAUUACGUUAUUGUUGUGUUUUGGUUUUUUUAUAACUAAGAAUGCCCAAGAAAGUGCCUUAGUUUAUGAAACUUUUACCACGUCUUAAUAUGCGUUUUGAUAGUUCCUAUUCUUUAUUGUUAUUUAAGUACCUGAUACAGAUUUAGUGGUACUUACUUGUCAAUUAUUAAAGUAACCAUUUGAUUAAAAACAAAAA